AUGGCGAGUCUCCGUAGCAUACUCAAUCCCGACGAUUCAAGACAGGCGUCGUCUAGACUUCACAUAGACGGCGAGGCUCACUCGCCGUCCGCCCUGGAGCUGCCAUCCUCGCCCGCCUCAGUAGCUAGUGCACAUACAGUUGACGCCCUAGGCGAUGUUGGAGACGUGGAUCAGCUGGAUCCCGAACCCGAGAUGCCGCCAUGGCAGUACCAAGACCACGAACCGCACCCCAAUUGCCCCGACACGCUCGACUGUUUGCCUGAUACAGAUGGACGCCCUCAGCAUACUCUCCCCGUCAUCUUGCGAUGUGCCAUUUUGGGUAGCCCACGCAAGCGUCUCACCAUAAGGGAAAUUUAUGCCGCGAUGGAGGGGAAGUACGCCUAUUAUAAAACGGCGGGUCCGACGUGGAAACAAUCCGUUCGACAUCAUCUAUCGUUGAAUCGUCUAUUUGAACGCCAACCCCGCCCCGUAACUGACCCUGGUUUCGGCUCAUAUUGGACUGUAAAUCUUUUGGCUCCGCCGGGUACGAAGCGACCGCGAAAGCGGGGUAGGCCCAACAAGGACAAAGAAGCAGAGAAUCAGGCCAAGAAAAGAGGAAGGCCUCGUAAAGAUGGUCCGUAUUCCGAAUCCACUCACGCAGACCGAUCUAUGCAUGACGAUGAUGAUUAUGAAGAGGACGGCCAGGUUUCGGAUGAAGAUGAAUUCGAAAGCGAAGAUGACGUUAUGCAUUCAUACGAGCGACGUCCAUCUCUUGCCGGCUCGACCCAUUAUCCGCUACCCUCUACCUCCUCGUCUCGGAAUCCAUUCCCCGAACAAAACGACGAAGCUAAAAACAUCAUCGAGCGACUGCAAAUCGAGGUGGCCGGGCUUAGACGCCAGUCUGCAGAGGCUGUGUCCCUAUCCAUAAGACUCACUGACCAGCUCGCCCAAGCACAGGCGGAGGCGUCCCGGUCCAAGUCUACGUUGCGGACGGUGGAGGCCAUGUUGGAAGAAGAGUCGAGGAAGAGAAGAGAAGCAGAGAGGGACGCAGACGAGGAGGCAGAAUUAAGGCGUCAAGCAGAGGAGCAACUGGACUCACUUCGCAUGCGUUGGUCGAGUGCAUCACGACCUUCGUAA